AUUUGAUUAUUAAUUAUGAAGAAAAUGAUGGAAUCUCAAGACUCAAAGAUUUAGAUUACAUUUGAUUCUCUAUCCAUAUAUUCAUUUAUCAAAAUGACUCCAACAAUUCUGCUUCUAGCUUCCUUAUUUUUAGCUUUAUCCGCUUCUUAUAUCUCGAACGGUGAGGUGGAAAAAGACCAGCUUACUGAACUCAAGCUUAAUUCUCAUAUCCUUCAGGAAUCUAUUAUUAAACAUGUUAACGAAAAUCCAGUGGCAGGGUGGGAGGCUGCUAUUAAUCCCCGUUUCUCCAAUUAUACAGUUCGACAAUUUAAGCGCCUCCUUGGUGUCAAGCAAACAACUGGGAAUGAAUUGAGUAGUAUACCUGUUGUAACUCAUCCAAAAUCAUUAAAAUUGCCAAAGGAUUUUGAUGCAAGGACAGCUUGGUCUCAGUGUAGCACUAUUGGAAGAAUUCUAGAUCAGGGUCACUGUGGUGCUUGUUGGGCAUUUGGUGCUGUUGAAUCAUUAUCAGAUCGUUUUUGCGUUCAUUUUGGCGUGAAUGUAUCCCUAUCUGUUAAUGACAUUCUUGCAUGCUGUGGCCUUCUUUGUGGGGUUGGCUGUUCUGGGGGGACUCCCUUUUCUGCAUGGAUAUACUUAGCUAACCAUGGUGUUGUCACUGAAGAGUGUGAUCCAUACUUCGAUCAAAUUGGAUGUUCUCAUCCAGGUUGUGAGCCAGCUUAUCGAACUCCAAAGUGCGUUAAAAAGUGUGUAAAUGGGAACCAGCCUUGGGAGGCGUCAAAGCACUAUUGUGUCAAAGCAUAUACGGUCAACUCCGAUCCCCAGGAUAUCAUGGCAGAAGUUUAUAAGAACGGUCCAGUUGAAGUUGCAUUCACUGUUUAUGAGGAUUUCGCUCACUACAAAUCAGGAGUUUAUAAACACAUCACAGGUUCUGCACUAGGCGGUCACGCAGUAAAACUGAUCGGAUGGGGAACAAGUGAAGAAGGGGAGGACUAUUGGCUUCUUGCGAAUCAGUGGAAUAGAAAUUGGGGAGAUGAUGGUUACUUUAAGAUCAAGAGAGGAACAAAUGAAUGUGGGAUCGAAAAUGCUGUUACUGCUGGCUUGCCUUCUACCAAAAAUAUGGUGAGAGAGGUGAUUGACAUGGAUGCUGAUGGUGAUGUUUCAUUUUGAAUGUAAAUAUUGUAGUAUGUAUGUUGUCUGUUAGAUUUGUGUUGGCAUUGAAAAUCUGCACCAGAUGUUAUGUUGUCUGUUAUAUCAUAUGUUUGUCUGGUAAUUGAGAAGAGAAGUUUCUACAUAGCACCUUCUCUUUUCACGUGGCUUGUUAUAUGUGAAACUCACUUAUGCACUCAAAUUAGAGAUGUUCCAUUGUUGAUGCUGUUAGGGAUCUUCAACAUUGUGUAUAUGUGUGAAACUUACUUAUGUCUUAAAAUUAUAGAAGUUUCAUUGUGGAUGCUA